UUCAGGCGGCCGCUGGGUCCGCUAGAGCUCAGCUUCUACUGGGACGCAUGCUUCAACGGCGUCGCGGUGCUCAUCAACCGACUCGAGCUCGAGGCCACCCAGGGACUCGAAGACGAGCUGCUCGCGGAAGAGAACGUCCGGCGUGCGUGGCUGCGCAUGAAGCAGCGGUUCCCGCUCCUAGGAGCGACAGUAGAAGAGCUUCCUGGCUCUGAGAAGGUCGAGUUCAUCCUUCGCGAGAGCGCCCUCCACACGCUACGUCCCGGAGAGUUCAACAUCCUCGACGAUCUCGAAACUCUGGAGGACGCAUUACGCUACUCCGAGAAGCUGCAAACGGAAAAUACAGUGUUAGAUAACAACAAUCUUGCGCGUGUAUGGAUUGCACGGCAGAAAGGCUCGCCUCGUACCCUGCACAUCUUCAUACCUAUCAUGCACUUCAUCACCGACGGGAUUGGGAACGCCGCUGUCGAGCGCGAGCUAUGUCAGGAGAUCUCAAGGCUUUACAAAGAUACGACUGUCAACGUACCUCCGCUGCCCGCUCGUAUACAGGCGCUGCUUCCGGUUGAAGCAUACAGUCCAGCUAUGAAACUGAGCUUACCAAGACGAAGAUGGCGCUCAGCAAUCGCCAAGGUCAUUGACGAUAUACGCAUGAAGAAGCUCUCCGGUGGGCAAACGUUACCAAUGUUGCCACCUGUUCCCGUCGGCACGCCUCCACGCUCGCGCACAAUGGGCUCGCCGCUGUCUGCGGCUUUGUCGAGAAAGAUAGCCCAAGGCUGUCAUGCACUCCACGUCACACUAAGCAGUGCUCUUCCUGUCCUCAGCGAGAUAGCAUUUGCGCGUGUACUGCAUCGUCUGCGCAGCAAGGGUCAGAUCAGCGAUGAAGAUUGGGAACACAGGCGACGUCAGCCCAUGCACUUCGCGGGCCCAAUCAACUACCGGCCCUACCUCGACAGAGGGUGGCUGCGCGCAGGAGGCUGGAACGAGAUGUGCAUCGCCAUCAGCUACUACAACUUCGUCCUCCCGUUCAUGCCGACGUCAUCUGCACUGGACGAAACCGGCGCGCCGUCCUUCUCAGCGCUGCUCUCGCCGGAGCGCUUUUUGGCGCGCGCACGCAUUGCAGUUGCCGAGGCCAAGUAUCAGCUGACGCACCCGCUCAUAGACGAGUUUCAUCUGUUGUUGAUGCCUAAACGAUCCAAGCAUCGGCGUGCGACGGCCAUGGCAUGGCGCGCCCGGCAGGUCGGCAAGCCUCUGCCAGAGGAUGCGCCCCGACCGAGCAGCUUCGAAGCGUGGGCGCCGUAUGUGGUCGCCAACGGCGGCGCAAGCUUGGGGAACCGGGACCUCAUCAUACCGCACGAAUACCCGCUGCCUCCGUCCAAGAACUCUCCGAAGCCUCCCACGCGCAUCCACCUCCGGGUGGCCCAGCACGACAUGCGCUGCUGCACCGGCGAGCUCUAUCUUGGCGCGAUUACGACCCGCGGAGUGCUCGCGUUUUUCAGCUGCAUUGACGAAAACACGUUCGACACCGAGAUGGCCCGUGAGUGGACAGAGGAAGUCAAGAACGCGGCGUUGUACUACCUG